AUGUUAAAAAUAAUUAUUUGUUUAUUUUUUAUUAUGCAAUUGGGCAGUCACUUCAAAGUAUCUGCCCAAACACCACUUACCAAUGCUCAAUGGACUCUUGCCUAUAACUCUUUGGUUAUGAGUUAUGCCUCCUAUUGUUCCUUAGACCAAAUUAAUUCAUGGGGAUGUCCAACUGGUAUCUGUCAAAGCAGUGUAACUGGUGGAUUUUUCAACACUGGAAAUUUCCAUGUCGCUAGUGCCAAUCUCUCAGAAGUAAUUAUUGAGGAGAGCCCUAUCCCAGGACUACCAGAUAGCAUUUUUACUGAUGUUGUCCAUUAUGUUGCUAUUCAAGGAAGUCAACAUUUCCUUGUAUUUAGAGGAUCUAACAAUACUGAGAACUGGGCAGAAGACUUUUUCGUCACUCACUCUACAUAUAUUUACCCAGACGGUACCGAUUCUCCAUACAAAGUAGAGUCUGGAUUUAACUUUGUUUGGAACAAUCUCAAAGACGAUGUAGUUUCUCAACUUACCAGAGCUGGUUGCAUUGGAAAUUGCGACCUUGUUAUUACUGGUCAUAGUUUGGGUGGUGCAAUCUCAACUCUUGCUGCAUUCUAUUUGAGUCAACUCAAUCCAGGAUGGACCAUUUCUGUUAGAACAUUCGGAUCACCUCGUGUUGGAGAUGCCGCUUUCGCCACAGCUUACAACAAUGAAGUCAUUAAUACCUUUAGAUUUGUCAACUAUCAAGAUUCAAUCCCACAUCUUCCAUUCGAGUGGGGUACUGACUACAUCCAUGUAAACACUGAGAUCUGGAUCUCGACCAACCAAACUGGUACUCCAUUCAGCAUUCCACCACCAGCAGCAGUCUAUUGUCCAACAACUGAAGAUCCAAGCUGCAGUGACAGUGUUCAUAUUAAUAUUUGGUCAAUUCUAAACAUGAAUGAAUUCCUCUACUUCCACAGAAGAUACUUUGGUAACGACUUGGAAACUUUCUGUACCGGAUGGACACCAGCUAUUACCAUUUAA